CAAGCAAUAUAAUUAGGGUUUUUUUAGAGAGAGGCGCGCAGACUCGCACAAACUCCAGAAGCAAAUUUCAAUGGCGUCGAGAAUAUCUCUGAAGAGCAAGGGCAAGACUCCGGCGAAGCCCUCCAAGGGCUCGGAGGAGCGGUCGGUGGCUCAAUCCUUCAAGGAGUGGAGCACGUGGGCCCUGAAGAAGGCCAAGGUCGUCACCCACUACGGCUUCAUUCCCCUGGUCAUCAUCAUCGGCAUGAACUCGGAACCCAAGCCGCAACUUUCCCAACUUCUCAGCCCCGUCUGAUGCGAUCCGGGUUGGAUCAUCCAAUUUCCGUGAUGGGAUUUGGGUAUUGUCUCUAAUGGGUUAGUGGGUCGGUGCCUUUUUCGUGGAAUCGACAUCUUAUGGUUCUGGGUACUGUUUAGGGUUUUGUUCUAUAUUUUAGGGAGGUAGUAGGGUUUAGUAAUUGGAUUUGAGGAAUUUUAUGUAUGCUUUGCUUAAACUGACCAAUGGGCACUUUUCACUGAGGACGUUGCCUUUUGUUGUUGGAUUUAUGGAGUAUAUAAAACUUGGGGUUUCUGCUUCCUAAUAA